CGCAAUCAAACUCAACAUGUCCAAGCUGUGGCUUUGACGACACACUUCUGGUCUUCUUUCACCUGAUGCAGUCUACAUGCCACUGGUGGGUUGUGAUGCGACAUGGGUUUGAUUUGAUUUUGAAUCAGGCCAGCACUGCUGUUUCCACAUCCCUGCAGUUCUUUCCUUCUUGCCUAUCAGACGGAUACCUGUUCUUGACUUCUCUUUAUGAACAUGUGGGGAAGCUCGCUACAUAUGGUUUUGUAAACUUUACCGGAAUGCGAACUUUGCUCAAAGGUAUUGCUUCAAAGUUUCAACCUGGCGCACUUGUGCAAGAGGCCUUGGCUGGACGUAGAUUUCUAGACCUUGGCUCUGGUGAUGGGCGCGCGGUGAUCGCUGCAGCUGUGAUAGUGCCAAGUUUGUCUGAGUGCGUGGGCGUUGAGCUUUCGAUGUCACGUCACCAGCUCGCUGCGAAAAACAGGAGCCGGCUUCCCGAGAAGCUGAAAGAAAUCGUGCGAUUCGAUCAAUGCGACAUCAUGCAGGUACCCCCUGUUGAAUUGGGACGUAUGGAAAUUGUCUGGUUGGCAAAUUUGCGCUUCCCUGAUGAGACUGUUGCAUCCAUUAACGAGUACUUGGAAACAAAUUGUGCACGUGAAGUGAAUGCAGUGGUUGCAACUCUUCGAGAGUGUCACUUCAGACGGCCCAAUGAGAUGUGGACAGAGCAGGUAUCCAUGAGUUGGAACCCAGCAGGAUGGCAAGUCUUCUGCUAUUAUUUGCCUAUGCAGGAAAAAGAGGCGGCCCAGGAGAUUCCAAACAACUUCUGUCAAUGA